AGUCGGCGCCGCGGCGGUGAGCGGGCUGGCCGCACGGUGGACGCUCGCCGCGCCCCGGGGCUGUCGGGAUCGGAUGACGGCGGGGGACAGUGAGCGGGUGUGGUGAUCGAGAUGACGCCCGUGUGGGCUGCCUGCGUGGUGGUGGUUUGUGGGGUAGUGACGGGCCUCCGACAGGACGGUGCUGGUGCUGUGACCCCUACAGGACUUAUGACCGGCAGUACCGUGUCAGAACCUGUCAAAGGCAGCUCUGCCGUGGCAGAAGCGGUGACAGUGACGGGACCAAGUAACGUGACCCUAGGUGCCGCGGGUCACGAGGAACCCAAAGCUCAGAGAGCGGUGUCAGGGACCGACAGUGCCGGCGCUACUCAGGACAGUGAGGAGGACGGAGCGAGGGACCGGCGGGCACUGAGGAGGAUGUCGCCCAGCGUCACCGUCCGACCCCUGAUCCCGCCAGUGCCCUUGUCGACGGUGGUGGGUCUGGCUGGGGGCGAGGUCGCCCUGCCCUGCGACAUGUCCCAUUCUCCCGGAGAUACUGUGCUCAUCGUGCUAUGGUACCGCAACGGAUCCGACGCGCCCGUCUACAGCUACGAUCUGCGCAACGCUAUGGAAACGGACCGACGGUGGCACAACACGUCCGUUUUCGGCUCGCGGGUGGACUUUGUGCCCGGCCGGCGGCCGGCCGUGCUUACCCUGAGGGACCUCGGUCCCGCCGACCAGGCCAUCUACAAGUGCAGGGUCGACUUCCAGCACUCGCGCACCCGGAACGCCCUGGUCAACCUGACCGUCAUAGUUCCUCCGGAGAGCGUGGAGAUCCUGGACGCCGGAGGAGCAGUGCUCAACACGGUGGUGGGCGCCUUCCUAACGGGGGAGCGGCUGGAACUCACCUGCCGAGUGAAGGGAGGCUCUCCGCGUCCGGCGGUGACCUGGAGGUCCGGGGGCGCGGUGCUACCGGUACCGUACCAGCCCCAGGGCGAGUACACGGUCAGCCAGUACAGCGUGGAGGCGUUGGACAGGUCGGACCUCCAUCGGAUGGUCACCUGUCUGGCGUCCAACACCAACCUGACGGCGCCGGCCACCAGCUCCGUCAUGAUCGACAUGAACUUCGCGCCGCUGAGCGUGUCCAUCCUGGGCAAGGGCGAGCCGCUGUCGGCCGGUCGCCGCUACCCGCUCGUGUGUCAGUGUGUCGGCUCCCGGCCUCCGGCCGCCAUCACCUGGUUCCUGGGCAGCUCACGGAUGGCCACCGCUCCCGGCACGACGACGCACAAGGGGAACGUGACGCUGACGACUCUGCAGUUCACACCGCGGCCCGAGGACGACCAGAAGGUGCUCUUCUGCCGCUGCCAGAACCCAAAGGUGCCCUCGGCCACGCUCGAAGAUUCCUGGCAGAUCGUCGUGCAGUACCUGCCUCGUGUCACCGUGACUCUGGGCAAUUCUCUGGACCCGGCCCACAUCAAGGAGGGCGACGGCGUCUACUUCGAGUGCAGCAUCAGGGCCAACCCGCCAGUGUACAAAACCGAGUGGAGACACAACAAUCGGCUGCUGGAACACAGCGUGAGGGACAACAUCAUCAUCAGCAACUAUACGCUGGUGCUGCAAGACGUGAAGCGGUCCAGCUCCGGCGUAUACAUGUGCAUCGGCUUCAACGUCGAAGGCGACGCCGAGAGCAACCCCAUCUUCCUCGACGUCAAAUUUGCCCCCGUGUGCCGGCCCGACCUGCCCCGCAUCUACGGCGUCUCCAAGAAGGAGCUGGUCACCAUCCUGUGCGACGUCGAUUCGAACCCCUCCCGGAUCCACUUUUUGUGGACGUUCAACAACACGUCCGAGUGGCGCGAGCUGGACAGCCGCCUGGUGAACAGCAGUCAGACGCGCAGCACGCUCCGCUACCGGCCGCGCACCGAGAUGGACUACGGCACCGUCUUCUGCUGGGCCACCAACGACAUCGGACGCAUGGCCAGGCCCUGCGUCUUCCACAUCAUCGCAGCAGGGCCUCCGGACCCGCUCUACAACUGCUCCGUGUUCAACCGUACGGCCGGCGACCUCUCGGUGCGCUGCCUGGAGGCGUUUGACGGUGGCCUCGUGCAGUCGUUCGUACUGCACGUCUACUCGGCAGAGGACGACCACCUGGUCUACAAUAAGACCUCGUCGCGACCCGAGUGGCACGUGCAGGGCCUCAUCCCCACGCAGCGGUAUCGUAUCCAGGCCGUCUCUCAGAACGACAAGGGCAGGAGCGCCACGGUGACAAUUCCAGCGGACACCAUGGCCGGACCGGAGAAACAGCAGGAGAACAAACAAGACAUCACCAUAGCGGAGAUGCUGCCAGAGCCAGCAGAGUCGUCUCCACCAAUGUUGGCCAUCCUGGUUGGCGUCGUGGGCUCCGUGUCGCUCCUGCUGCUGGCGGCGCUCACCACGCACCUCCUCUGUCGACGAGGACAUCGGCGGAGGGCGCGAGCCGCCGCCGCCGCCCCCGCCUCCACCGCCGCCGCCAAGCCGCAGGUCAAGACGGCUGCGGCCGGACUGGAUGACGAUGAUGAUGAAAAGGGCCCAGAUGUGGUGCCGGAAGAGGGAGACUCAACGUAUGGCGUCUACCGGAUCCCGGAGAACAUUCCUGCGCUGCCAGCGCGCGCCCAGGAGCCGGCAGCACCGCUGGGCAGCGGACGAAGGAACGGCGACAUCCCGCUGCGCUCCUUCAACCACAUAGUGCCCAUGGAGCAGUGCAUGCAGCACGGCGCCGCGACGCUGCCACCGCCGCACCGGCGCCCCCCGCGGCGCCCCUCCCAGGGCGCCACUGCCACCGUGGACCGCCGAAGGGCGCACGGACCUCCACCUCCCCGGCUAGAGGACGCCCGGCCGCCCGACGCCGCGCGCUCGCCCAUGAUUGGUGGACGGCACGAGCCGAGCGCGCUGAUUGGCUACGGCGCCGACGAGGCCGCGCUCAUUGGCUGCCGGCUCGACGAGAGUGCGUUUUGACCGGUCAAGGUCGCAGAGUAAAGGUGCGCGCGCCCCGUGAGCGGUGGACUGCCGCGGCAGCGAGCUCCGGACUGCUGGGCCAGGACGUGCUGGUUGGUGUUCGAAGAUGUUAUAAGUGUGGAUGUCUGAACUCUACGACACACUGUUUUGUGUAUGUUCACGUAGAUAGGCCGAACACAUGUCCAUAUUACCUCUUGUUAAUUUAUGGAAUGUUUAUCCAUAUGCUGAGAGAUGUUGAAUGAAUGGUGGAAACUUUUGAAUAAUUAUUAAUAAAUAAUGUGAGCUGUA